AUCGAAUGACUUGACAUCAAACUGUUAAUGACAUUCCAGGGUUAAUGUAACUUUGAUAUAUAGAAAUACUAUAAAAUCGUCAUUUUGAGAGCAAUAGUAUUGAUAAAGGUUGAUAACUUCAACACAAUCUUGUGUUUGAUGUUGAGUGCAAAGGGAUGGAUGAAUCUGUUGCUUCUGUCUUAUAAAAUCAUGGCGUUGCAGGUUUUUUUGUUGUCGGGGGCAGAAGUAUGCAGCAAUGUGUUAGCCGACCGGCCCAGUUUACCAGGUAUCUCCCUAUUAUCAGACAAAGUGCGUAUUUUCACCAAGGAUUGGGACUCGCGACGGCCCGGCACCUCAGCAUGACCGACCCCGCAGUGAAGAGGGUGGUGAGUGACAUCAUCCGCUCCCCGGAGGACAAGAGGCUGUACCGGGGGCUGGAGUUCACCAACGGCCUGAAGGCCGUCCUCGUCAGCGACCCGACCACGGACAAGUCCUCCGCUGCGCUCGACGUCCACAUAGGUUCCCUCUCGGACCCGCCGAACAUCUCGGGCCUGGCGCACUUCUGCGAGCACAUGCUGUUCCUGGGCACGGAGAAGUACCCGAAGGAGAACGAGUACAGCCAGUUCCUGAGCGAGCACGCGGGCAGCUCCAACGCCUUCACCAGCGGCGAGCACACCAACUACUACUUCGACGUGUCCCACGAGCACCUGCAGGGGGCGCUGGACAGGUUUUCCCAGUUCUUUCUCUGCCCGCUGUUCGAUGAGAGCUGCAAGGACCGGGAAGUGAACGCGGUCGACUCGGAGCACGAGAAGAACCUGAUGAACGACGCCUGGAGGCUGUUCCAGCUGGAGAAGGCCACCGGAAACCCCAACCACCCCUUCAGCAAGUUUGGGACAGGGAACAAGCUGACAUUAGAGACCAGGCCAACCAAAGAUGGGAUUGAUGUCCGUCAGGAGCUGCUCAAAUUCCACUCCACAUACUACUCCUCAAACCUGAUGGGACUGUGUGUCCUGGGCAGAGAGUCCCUGGACGAGCUGACCGACAUGGUGGUCAAGCUGUUCGCUGAGGUGGAGAAUAAGAAUGUCCCACUCCCAGAAUUCCCUGAGCAUCCUUUCCAAGAAGAGCAUCUCAGGCAAUUUUACAAGGUGGUGCCCAUAAAGGACAUCAGAAAUCUGUACGUCACCUUCCCCAUCCCAGACCUGCAGAAGUAUUACAAGUGCAACCCAGGCCACUAUCUGGGCCACCUGAUUGGACACGAAGGCCCGGGAAGCCUGCUGUCCGAGCUGAAGGCCAAAGGCUGGGUGAACACACUGGUGGGAGGUCAGAAGGAAGGAGCUCGAGGCUUCAUGUUCUUCAUCAUCAAUGUGGACCUGACUGAGGAAGGGCUCUUGCACGUUGAGGACAUCAUCUUCCACAUGUUCCAGUACAUCCAGAAACUGCGCACUGAAGGACCCCAGGAGUGGGUCUUUCAGGAGUGCAAGGACUUGAACACCGUGGCCUUCAGAUUCAAGGACAAAGAGCGACCUCGCGGAUACACCUCCAAAGUAGCCGGUUUACUGCACUACUACCCGCUGGAAGAGGUGUUGGCAGCUGAGUAUCUUCUGGAAGACUUCAGGCCGGAUUUGAUAGAAAUGGUGCUGGACAAACUGAGGCCGGAGCACGUGAGAGUUGCGGUCGUUUCAAAGUCGUUCGAAGGGCAGACUGAUCGGGUUGAAGAGUGGUACAGCACGCAGUACAAACAGGAGGCCAUUUCUGACGAGGUCAUCAAGAAAUGGGAGAAUGCAGACCUGAACGGCAAGUUUAAACUCCCGAUGAGGAACGAGUUCAUCCCGGCCAACUUUGAGAUCUACCCUCUGGAGAAAGACUCCCCGUCCUUCCCCUCCCUGAUAAAGGACACGGCCAUGAGCAAAGUGUGGUUCAAACAGGACGACAAGUUCUUCCUUCCCAAGGCCUGCCUGAACUUCGAGUUCUUCAGCCCCUUUGCGUACGUGGACCCAUUGCAUUGUAACAUGGCUUAUUUAUAUCUUGAGCUGCUCAAGGACUCCCUGAACGAGUAUGCAUAUGCAGCCGAGCUAGCCGGCUUGAACUAUGACCUGCAAAAUACCAUCUAUGGGAUGUAUCUGUCCGUGAAGGGCUAUAAUGACAAGCAGCACAUUCUGCUGAAGAAGAUCAUUGAGAAGAUGGCCACCUUCGAGAUUGAUGAAAAACGCUUCGACAUCAUCAAAGAAGCGUAUAUGAGAUCUCUGAAUAACUUCAGAGCAGAGCAGCCUCACCAGCACGCCAUGUACUACCUGCGGCUCCUCAUGACUGAGGUGGCCUGGACUAAAGACGAGCUCAAGGAAGCACUGGAAGAUGUCACACUCCCUCGCCUCAAGGCCUUUAUACCUCAGCUGUUGUCACGGUUACACAUUGAAGCCCUUAUCCACGGCAAUAUCACCAAACAGUCCGCCCUGGGCAUGAUGCAGAUGGUCGAGGACACGCUCAUCGAGCACGCUCACACCAAGCCCCUCCUCCCGAGCCAGCUCAUUCGCUACAGGGAGGUGCAGGUUCCUGAUGGGGGCUGGUACGUUUACCAGCAGAGGAACGAGGUUCACAACAACUGCGGCAUCGAGAUCUACUACCAGACCGACAUGCAGAACACCCACAACAACAUGCUGCUGGAGCUCUUCUGUCAGAUCAUAUCUGAGCCCUGCUUCAACACCCUGCGCACCAAGGAGCAGCUGGGGUACAUUGUGUUCAGCGGGCCGCGGCGAGCCAAUGGCGUGCAGGGCCUGCGCUUCAUCAUCCAGUCGGAGAAGGCGCCGCACUACCUGGAGUGCCGGGUGGAGGCCUUCCUGUGGACGAUGGAGAAGUGCGUGGAGGAGAUGGCGGAGGAGGCCUUCCAGAAGCACGUCCAGGCCCUGGCCAUCCGCCGCCUGGACAAGCCCAAGAAGCUGGCCGCCGAGUGCGCCAAGUACUGGGGCGAGAUCAUCUCCCAGCAGUACAACUUCGACAGAGAUAACAUUGAAGUAGCAUAUCUGAAGACGUUGACAAAGGAAAACGUAAUGCAGUUCUACAGGGACCUGCUGGCUGUAGAGGCUCCUAAGAGGCACAAGGUGUCGGUCCACGUGCUGUCCCGCGAGAUGGACUCCUGCCCCGUGGUCGGGGAGUUCCCGUGCCAAAAUGAUGUCAACCUCGCCCCCACCCCCUCCCUGCCUCAGCCGACAGUGGUGCAGGACAUGACUGAGUUUAAGAGGAGCCUGCCUCUCUUCCCAUUGGCCAAGCCACACAUCAACUUCAUGGCUGCCAAACUGUGAGAGGCGGAGCCUGGGAUACAAGGCCCCGCCCCUCUGCAACUGGAACCACGAGGAGUCCUGUGUGUGUGUGUGUGAGGGGGGUGUGCAUGUGUGGGUGGGGCUUGUGUGUGCACGUGUGGAUUGGGGGGUGGGGGUGGGGGUGGGGGGGCUGGUGGAGGGUGGACGAUUUCAGGGGGACGUUCUACAAACACGUGAUUCUUAGCUAGCCGUGCUCAUGGUCAUAGCUCAGACUGUAGAAGUCCCACCGACAUUUCAUUUUUAGGAUUUUUAGGAAUUCUGGUUUAAAAAAAAAAAAGAAAAUAAAAAAACAAUUUAGGGUGCUGCAGUAGCAAACAUGGGCACCAGCACUGCUCUCCUGUAAGUGGCAGAAACCUGUAGGAACCUGUUGGUGUGGGAAUGGCCGUGUGGUCUGGUGCUGGAUCUGUGCCAGCAGUCGGUCAGGUUUAGGAGGCGGGGCUAGUGGAUGGGGGAGGUACUUCUUUAAAGUCAGAGACCCUGGGCAGAUCCAUCUUCUUGUGUUGCUGUGACAGGGAGAAUAAGGCAAGGUGCAUUUCAGUAUUCUCACCUGAAGUCUCAUCAAGUUAAAAAAAUAUAUAAAAAUAAAAAUAUGUUCCCGCAGCAACACACGCAGGAGAGAGAAUAUUUCUGCACUAACGGAGACAUUAAUUAGCCUUAUGGAAAAUUAUAUUGAGUUUUAAUGUCUGAACACAUUUUGAAAUCAUUUUUAUUUAAACUAGUAAAAUGUUGGUGGCCUUCUGAACAGCUGGUUUUAAAACAAAGGAAAACGAUAAUGGUGUCAAAAUGCGAUCUCCCUUUUAUGCAGUGUUUUCUGCCAUCUUGUAUUCAUGCGUCUUCUCAGGGCUACUGGAAUUUGGAUUUCAUUUUAUUUGAGAAUAAUAAAAAAAACAUUUUAAAGGUUAGUCAUUCUUUUAGUUCAUUUUGUAAUUUUAACAGCAUUUUGUUUGAUAUGGCUUUUCUGUGAUUGGACAGGGGUGCUGGAGUCCUUUUAAACCACAGUUUAAACGUUAAAACACGGCAAUGAAAAAAGUUACGGACGCACUCAGUGCUGAGGUGCGCGCAUAGCCCUCCUCGUCUCUGACGUCAGUGUUCUUCCGCCAAACUCGUGAAUCCCCACCCCAAUCAACCCCCCCCCACCGCCCCCACUUCAGUUACAGUGCCCUGGAAGUGCCCUUAAAAAAAGGGCCAUAAUUGGACAUGCUCAUACAAAUCGGAUUGGCUGCUUUUGCCUGAAGGGGGCGUGGUCUGUCAAGCAGAACGUGCCACAGCCCACUUACUUCGCAGGAGGUGCGUGCAGUCCCUCCCUGAGGAGGAGGAGGAGGGGGGUGUCCCUGUGACGGGGAGCCUGAGGUGACGGGCUGGGCUCAAGGGAUUAUGGGUCGCUGUCGCCACUGCGGUUUUCUAAAGCUGCUGCCGUCACCGCGCCGACCUCGUCAGCUGAGUUGUGCGACAUCCACUUAGAUUUCAGCUUCGUUUUUUUUCCCCCCGCCCCCCUUGUCGUGUGACCCUUUAACUGUUCUGUCAUUCAAAGGUCAGGCAAACGGGCGGAACAGGGAAGAGACACAGGAGAGAGGAGCCUUUCGAAUGUCAGCACUGUGCUUGUAAAUAUGCACUUCUCAUACUAAGCAAUAAAACUGUAGAUUGUGUUAGCCGCGAACGCUCAGCAGAGUGGUCUCGUGUUGCAGGUUUGGAUGGUUGCAUGAUGCACUUUUUCCAAGUUACAGGGUUUGGACGCGUGGUCCAUCCCCACCUCACCUUUUUCUGUUUUCAUACAGCCCGUAGCGGCAGGUCAGAUGCUCGAAUGAAGGGUACGGCUAUUUCCUGAGGUGCGCGUCGAAAUUAAAACCCCGCCACAAAUCGCGGUUUUCAUCUCUCAGGGCUCAAUGAUUAUGAAGCUGGCCAAGCUAAGUCGCCCAAAAUAGCCGCCUUUUGUACCACAAAAUCGACUUCGUUUGAUCUCCUGCCAGUUCUCAGGCUCCUCGGUAAAACAAAGUUAUGCUGCAUUUUCUACCAGUGGAAGAAUUUAAUCUAUGUAUACUCUGAAAUGUUUAUUUUUUAGAAUGGCAUCCUUUUCACUAUUGAAUAAGGAAAGUUCUCACUAAACCAAGUGUUUACAACAGAACAGAAAGCUUAGCCAAUGGUUUUCCAGCAUUUUACUAUGUUUAACCACUAUGAAGUAGAAACUCAGGCAUUUCAAUUGAUACAUUGUUUUCUACAAAUCCAAAGGUGUCAUCUAAGUAGUAACACUGUUGUAUUUCCUACACUUCUCUGGCUCCCGGUGUCAGUAUAUCUGAUGUCUCAUCCGCGUUCAGUCAUGGCAUGGCAAACUCUGGCCAGAGAUUGGUCGAGCUGUAGGGAGGACCGGUAGGAAUUUUGAAUGCAACUGUGGUCUUUUGUAAACAAUUCACAUUUAUUGCUUAUGAAUUAAUAUCCUUGUAAACAAAACAAUUUGUUUACACGAGCAGAGCUUCCAAGGGAAUUAUCCAGUUGGCUCAAGACAUCCACAUCAGGAUGAAAAUAAAACCUCUUCACUUUCCAUCACUUGUAAACCCAAAAGAAACUGUAUAUAUGUUCACCCAUGAAUGAAUGCUGGCAGGUGCUUGAGCCAAAAUGGACUCCAGUGGAAUCUCCGCAUUUUUUUAUUUUGACUGGUUGUGGCAGACAGUGCAUGACACAGUUGCACUGCAGAUGUGAAGUGACUUUUCUUUCUGUUUACAAUAAAUAACAUAUGAAAUUA